AAUAGAUUUGGUGGUCUCUGCUUGGCUAGUGGUGUGCAACCUAUUGUAAGAAGUAAUAAAAUUUAUAGUAAUCAAGAUGCCGUUGAAAAGGCAGUCUGUAAUGGUCAAUGUUUGUAUAAAAUUUCAUCUUAUACAUCUUUUCCAAUGCAUGAUUUUUAUCGUUGUCAAACGUGCAACACGACUGAUAGAAAUGCAAUUUGUGUAAAUUGUAUAAAAACGUGUCAUGCUGGACAUGAUGUUGAAUUUAUCAGACAUGACAGAUUCUUUUGUGAUUGUGGAGCUGGUACCUUAAAUAACCAAUGCCAAUUGCAAGGUGAACCAACUCAAGACACAGAUACACUGUAUGAUUCAGCUGCUCCUAUUGAAUCACAUACUCUAAUGGUAAAUUAAAUUAAAUAAUAAUAAUGUUGAAUCUCCACUAUAGUAUUCAUAAAUAUGAAAAUUUUAUGUGUAUCAUAUAAGUAUUAAAGAAAUUGUACAUCUCAUCCUACAUAUAAUGUUGAUGUUGUUAUAGUUAUUAUAUUAUGAUCUGGGACGAUUUACUUAAUGUUAAGUAUUUAAAUUCUUCAUUCCUUUUGUUUUUCUACUUAACAUUCAAAUUUUAUGUGCAUACUAAUUAUACCUUAAUACUAAACUAAACAUUUGAAUAGUUGGUAUAAUUUUUGACUGCAAAAGAUUGUGAUUUAAAAAAUUAAUCAUAUUUAAUAUGGAAGUCAUUCCAAGUUUCUAAGUACUACUGACUGCUCCCAUUUAUACUUGUAUUUUACUAUUAGUAACUAUUUCCCACAAAUUUAUUUUGCAUUGACAGUACUUUUGUUAUUGCAUAUCAGUUAAACAUAUAAUGUAAAUUACCA